CAAGAGACGGCCUUGUAUUAUGCCUUCUAGAAGAUAAGCAGCCAUGAAGAAAUCCAAAAUCAAUGCCUAUCAUAGGGGCUGUGCAAUUUCUCCAUCGCCUCUCUUAAAUCCCCAACACUGCUACGCGCAGAGGCAAUCGACAGAGUCGAUAACAUCAGUAACAACGGGCCUUUGGGGGUAGUAUCAAAAUUAUAUUCGAUUCCUAUACGCCUUCUCUUGAAGCUCUCAAAGACCAGUUAGUGACGCCCAUACAAGCAGCCGAGAUGGAGGCGAGCAAUGAUGGAGGGAGAGAAUUUGUAACGGAGGACUUCUUGGUAAAAGUCUCUAUUUACCAAGCUCCCGUGAAAAUUUCAGUUCGGUGGAGCAUCUCUGGGUCGUCACUGUAUUUUCAAAGUCUCGAUCUGCUGCUUCGCCUAUUCCCAAUAUCGGCCCGCGACGAGGACCUAGAGGAGCGUAUCAAUAUUCCUAACGCCUCUGGGACUGCGCUUGAGACGCUGGUGCGUCGCAUAUGGCAUCUGCGCCAGUUGUCGGUCCACAAAACAGAUGUAGCCAUAAAGGUGAUACUUGCUCCACGGGGCGGAUACGUGUGCAGGAGCGACAUCCUUGACGUUCGAAUGCAACACUCAGAUUACGUCGACAACGUAAUUUCCUUGUCAACCUGGGACAAAUGUCUUCCAUCAGUAUUAUCCAAUAACAGGGCUCUUUUAGUCCCUCUGAUGUCAUCCGCCACCGGAGCACUGCUUGUAAAGCAGUCUCGACUUCCCACUUCGGAAACUCUGAAGCUACUGCAGCAAGAUCUGGAUAUGCGUUUAUCCUUUAAUUGGAUACUUCCAACAAGACCAGCUGCUCGCCGCGUGGCUGUCGUCGGUGGUCGUCCCAUGCCCGAUCCGAAGAGUGGGAUACAUAAUUCGUCAGGCUUCUUCCAGGCUGCUCAGGCGCUUGGUAUAUCGAUCGUAGUUUUUGAUGAACAAGGCCAUUGGCUUGAAGGAGAAAGAUAUGCUCAUCUUCGUGAGGAUUUUAUUGCAAUUGAUAUGUCAAAUGUGGAAGAGUUACCCCACAAAUUAGUUCAGGCCGUCAGAAAAAGACAUGAUAAAAUAGACGGCAUCGUUACGUUCACUGAUGAUUACGUUGUCGCAACUUCUCAAGCGGCAGAAAUACUUGGUUUACCGACCGAACCAGCUCAGGAGAUGAAGCGAGUGCACUACAAGCACGAAAUGCGCAAGGUCGUCCACGAAAAUAACAUCCAGGCCGUCUCCCUAGACAGUGUGCAGCAACUGGACGAUGCUGAUAUUGCGGAGAUGCUCAAAACCUUACAAUACCCGAUGGUAGUGAAACCGUGUCGCGGAAUGACCUCUAAGGGCGUUAAGAAAGUCACCGACGAAGCUAGCAUGCGUCAAGCCGUUCACAUGCUACAUGAAGAUGAAGGCAUUUCGACAGAGUAUGGCAUCUUGAUCGAAACUUACGUCGACGGACCUGAGUUUGAUGCAAAUUUUGUACUGUGGGAGGGCCAAGUCCUCUUUCUUGAAGUAACAGAUAACUUCCCCUGUCUCGCUGAUGCGAGCAGUGCCACGCUAGCCGACAAUUUCGCUGAGACGGUACAGAUCUCGAACACGAGACUACCUCCUGAUGAAGUGGAAACUAUUCGUUCAUCUGUGCUUCGUAGCCUUUUGAAACUGGGUUUAAAGUCGGGUGUGUUUCAUUGCGAAGGGCGGAUCAUGAAUUCAUCUAUGCGGUACAAAGACGUCAACGGUAAUGGUAUUGUAGACCUUGUCGCCAGCAACGCUGCUACUCCAGGUCAAAAACCAGAAGUAUUUCUCAUCGAAAUCAAUGUUCGCCCGCCUGGAACGGGCGGUACAUGGGCAACACUCCUCACAUAUGGUGUCGACCUCGGCGCUCUGCAAUUUCUCCGCGCUCUCAAUGAUCGUACCCGUUUUGAAGCCUUAUCAGCACCUUUUGCCUACUCCAGCUCCAAUCCCGGUGAUGGCGGUGGUGCUCAGUGGUGGACUGCGCACUGCAUGAUUCCCAUCCACUGCGACAAAAUUCGAGUCCCCGAAAACUUUUUCGAGAAGCUGUAUCAAGCAAUUCCAGAGAUAGUGCCUCAUGUUACUAGAGCUGAAAUGUACGCGACUCCUGGAACUGUUGUAUCAACUACGGCGGGUAUUGGAUGGAUAGCUUAUAUGUUGCUGGGCACGAGGAUUAGUCGGGCGCAUGCACUGUAUAUGUACCAGCACGUUGCAGAGACGAGUAAGAAAGUAUUGAAUGCGAGUAACUAUGACUCGGGGUAUGAAUCGUAGUUAGUUUCUUUGACGAUUGGCAUGCAUGCUGGUAAGCAAAAAAUAUAUAUUUUGUUCCAAUACGUUUGUUC